UCGCAUUUUAGUACAUAAACAAUGUAAUUUGUGAACGUUUUUCUAAACACAGUCUUAAAAAUUAAAGUUUUUUAUCACAAAAAUUUACACUAAAAAUAAAUAAACAUGUCGAGAAUUAUAGUUAAACAGUUGCCUAAAAACAUAACUGAAGAUAAACUGCGAAAUUUGUUCGGUUCUAAAGGCACCAUUACUGAUAUGCAAUUAAAAUACACUGCAGAUGGAAAAUUUCGACAGUUUUGCUUUAUUGGCUAUAAAACGGAAGAUGAGGCACAACAGGCCAUUAAAUUUUUUAACAAUACCUGCAUCCAGACCAAUCGUAUACGCGUUGAAAUGUGUGCCAAUUUGGGCAGUGAGGAUAAACCACAAUCGUGGAGUAAAUAUGCGAAAGAUAAUAAAAAAGAAAUGGAUUUGGUGAAAAAAGUCAAGGAAACCUCCUUAGAAGAUAAGAAAAAGGAAAAGGCACAAUCAAAGCUAGAUGAAAUUAUAGGUAAACACAAAGAUGAUCCCGAAUUUCAAGAGUUUAUGAAGGCUCACGAAAGCAAGCGCUCGUUAUGGGCCAAUGAUGCAGCAGAGGCAGUAGAAAGUGAAACUAAGGAGAAACAAGUAGAUUCUGAUAAAGAAGAUCAAGAUGAGGAAGAUGACAAAGUAACAGAGAACGAACAAAGUGAUGAAGAGGAUGAAAAUCAAAACGAAGAUGAAGAAGAGGAUACUAAAUUGGCUGAAAAACCUAUAAGUGAUUUGGAAUAUAUGAAAUCUCUAAUGGUUUCCUCAGAUUCGACAAAAUCAUCAGCCAAAACUAAACAAUCUAACAUUGACUUAUUUACCAUCAAAAUCCAUAAUGUCCCCUAUAAAACUAAACGGCAGGAAAUUAUCAAAUUUUUCAAACCCUUAAAACCUUACUCGGUGCGUUUGCCUUCCAAAGUACAUGGAUUUUGUUAUGUGGGUUUUAAGACCGAAAAGGACAUGACCAAGGCCAUGUUGAAGAACAAAAGUUUCAUUAAGGGGAAACAAGUGUUUUUCUCCGAUUUCACAGAGAAAAACAAAAUCACUAAGGCCAAACAGGCGGGAAAAGGAGACGCUGAAAUCAAGGCCAUGACAGACAAAAACUCAAAAUGGAAAAUACAGGAAUCAAGCUUAAACAACGAAGAAGAUAUAUCGGAGUCGGGUAAAAUAUUCUUUCGCAAUUUAGCUUAUACUGUAAGUGAGGAUGAUUUACAGAAAUUAUUUGAACAAUAUGGUCCAGUGGCCGAGUUAAAUCUACCUGUGGAUACGGUAACCAGACAAAUUAAAGGUUUUGGUACGGUAACGUUUUUGAUGCCCGAACAUGCGGUGCUGGCUUUUAAUAAGCUAGAUGGUACUACAUUUCACGGUCGUCUAUUACACUUAAUACCCGGCAAGAGCAGUAAGGCUGAGGAAGAGCAAGACGAGGAAAAUGAUAGUGCUCUAACGUUUAAACAGAAAAAAGCUUUAAAAUUAAAGAAAACUGCCCAAAAUUCAGUGACUUGGAAUACUUUGUUCUUGGGUGCAAAUGCGGUGGCAGAAAUUUUAGCUAAAAAGUUUGACACCACCAAACAACGUAUUUUGGGGACCGAUGAGGGUGGUUCUAGUGCUGCCGUACGUGUAGCUUUGGGAGAAACACAAAUUGUGGUAGAAAUGAAAAAAUUUUUAGAGGAAAAUGGUGUGCGCAUUAAUGCCUUUGAUACACAGAACGCCAAACGUUCAAAAACAAUAAUUUUAGCCAAAAAUUUACCACCCGAUACCAGCGUUCAAGAUUUAACACCCAUUUUCGGUAAAUUUGGGCCAAUAGGUAGAAUUGUUUUACCACCCAGUGGCGUCACAGCCAUUAUUGAAUACUGUGAUCCUUCAGAAGCCAGACAAGCCUUUAAAAAGUUGGCUUAUAGUAAAUUCAAAAAUGUACCUUUGUAUUUGGAAUGGGGACCAGAAGAUACGUUUACCACCAGUCUGUCGGGAGAACCUUUGGUAGCAAAAAUUGAAAAUGAACCUACGGCGGAAACUAAUGAAACAAAAGAAAAUAUUAAUGAAACCGAAGAAGUUCCUAAUGAUGAAAAUGAAGAUGAUGGUGAUGAAUUACCUGAGCCCAAUACUACUCUUUUCUUAAGGAAUUUGAAUUUUAAAACGGAACAGGAAGCUGUAUACAAACACUUCAAAUCUUUGGGUCCCAUACAUACGGUAGAAAUUGCCAAACGUAAAGAUCCUAAAAAUCCCAAAAGCUUUUCUUCCCUCGGUUAUGGUUUUAUACAAUUUAAAAAAUCUGCCACAGCGGAAUAUGCUCUAAAGAAUAUGCAAUUCACCAACAUUGAGGGCAAUCAAGUGGAACUCAAACGCAGUGAUCGUCUACUUAAAUCUGCCAUUACAAACCAGGGCCAACGCAAAAAGGUAGAGAUAACUAAACAAACUGGCACCAAAUUGCUGGUGCGUAAUAUACCUUUCCAAGCCAAAGUUAAUGAAGUUCGUGAUCUUUUCAAGGCUUUUGGGGAGUUACGUUCAAUACGUUUGCCGAAAAAGAUGACACCUGGUGAAGACUGUCAUCGAGGUUUUGGUUUUGUUGAUUUCGUCACAAAAAGUGAUGCUAAAAAGGCCUACGAUGCUCUGAGCCAAAGUACUCAUUUAUACGGUAGACGUAUUGUGCUUGAAUGGGCAUCUACGGCUGAUGAAGACGUGGCUGCAUUAAGAAAAAGAGCAGCGGAUGAGUACAAUAGUUCUUAUCAAAAUGAUAAUGCAAAGCGUAGCAAACGUGCUGUAUUCGACACUGAGGGUAAUGCUAAGAGUAUAGCUAAUGAUGAAGAUGAGGAUUAAGUUAAUGAAAAUAAUGGUUUACAUUAGAUUAGUGUGUAUUUAAAGUACUGUGUCUUUUAAUUCUUUUGUAUGCAUAAUAGUUUUAUCUAAACUAAAAUAUAUGUAUAAAUAUAUUUCGAUUAAGCUGAAAAUAUGUAUAUUUAAAUAUACAUUUUAAUAUUAACAGAGAAAUGU